UAAAUUUCUAUAUUGACUUCUCUUUUCCUCUCUCUCUCUUUAUUUCUCUGUGGAAGAGUUUCGAGAGAUCUGGGCCGGGGUUCCUGUUUCUCUCUCCGAAACGGUCCUUUCUGUCAAACCAGGUCCGCUCCUCAGAUUCUCCGCCGUAGCUGUCCGGGAGACUCAACCGUUUUUCAAGUGGUAUUUAAUAUAUAUCAUGGGCGUGGAGAUUGUGGAAUCUAACUUACCAGUUGUUGAAACCAAAAUUGAGGAGAACAUGUCAGGGGAUAGUGAAAAAGUGAACAUAACAUUUGGAUCUCAUGUUGUUGAGCCAUUCAAUGGGGAAGCUAAUAAAGUUUCUGAUCACAAUCUUCCAAAGGAUGCAGUUGAUGAAUGGCCAGAGCCCCAGCAGAUACACCCCUUUCAUAUUGUUAGAUAUCGUGUGCUGGAAGACCAGAGUCUGAAGGCCAAGCUUGAUUUGGCUGAUAAAGAGCUACAAAAAAAGAAUCAGGCUCGGCUGCAGAUUGUUGAAAAACUAAAAUCUAAGCGGGCAGCUCGAUCUCAAGUGAUUUCUCAAAUAAGGUUAUUAAGUGCUGAAAACAAACAGUUUAGGACACUCAUGGAUGAAAAAAGAAAAGAAAUGGAACCUCUCCAGCAGGCUCUUGGCAAGUUGAGAGGAUCUUCUGGAGGUAGAGACAGGGGCCCAGGUGUAUGCUCUUCUGAGGAAGAGCUCAACAGUGUUAUAAAAAGUUUACAAUACCGGAUUCAGCACGAAAGCAUUCCUCUCAGUGAAGAGAAACAAAUCCUGAGGGAAAUUAAGCAGCUUGAAGGGACAAGGGAAAAGGUUAAUGCAAAUGCGGCUGAGAGGGCAAGGAUUCAGGCUGCAAUGGGUGAAACGGAUGCAAUUCAAGGCCAGGUCAAAUUGAUAGGAGUGGAUCUUGACGAAGCUCGAAAGGAAAAACAAGUGGUCAAUGCGAAGCUGAAGCAGCUUGAUGAAGAGAAAUUGGCAAUAGAAAAAGAGAUUGAUGCUUUAGAGGAGGAACUGGCAUCGGUUACUCAAAAGAGAGACAAAACUUUUGAAACCAUUAAAGACAUGAGGAAACAGCGAGAGGAAGGGAAUUCCCCUUUCUAUCAAAACCGUAUGCUGUUGACCAAAGCAAAAUCACUUGCAGCAAACAAGGAAGUUGAUGCACUGAAGGAGCUCGCAGAAGCAGAAGUUGAGAAGUUUAUGUCCCUCUGGAAUAGUAAUAAAGCUUUCAGAGAUGAUUAUGAGAGAAGAAUCCUUCCAUCCCUCGACAUGAGGCAGUUGAGUAGAGAUGGUCGCUUGAGGAAUCCGGGCGAAAAGCCACUAGUGGAGACAUCAACUCUAUCUGAAGUUGAAGCUGUCAAAGCAGUCACAAAACAAAACCCCCAAGAAGACGUCUUAGCACCUACCCCGGUUGACAUCUCUUCUGACCAGAAAGUUGAGAAAACAAAGAGUGCUAAAAACUCUAAAGAUGGAAAUAAGAAAAAGGAAGCCGCCUUAGAAAAACAUGAACCAGUCGAGGAAGAGGAGUACUUCUCCAAUGAUAAGGAAACUCUUCCCAAGAAGGAAGAAGUCGAUGAGGAGAAAUUGAAGCAGCUGAAAAGAGAAGAAGAGAUAGCCAAGCGUAAGCAAGCUGAGGAAAGGAAGAAAAAGCUAGCUGAGAAAGCUGCUGCCAAAGCCGCAAUAAAAGCUCAGAAGGAAGCUGAAAAGAAGCUCAAGGAACGUGAGAAGAGAGCAAAGAAGAAGGCCGGGGUUACUGAUGCUCGUGCAGAUUCUGAAGAACCAACUGAAGAUGCUGCUGUUGCUGCUGCUGCAGAGGUCACUGAACAGCAACCGGCUGAGGACAAAAUCGAAACUCCAUUGCCACAAAAGCCCAAGGAUCGCAAAGAGCGUGCUACAGUGAGGCAUAGAGGUCGCCCCAGAGGUACAGAUUCACUCCCUAAGGUUAUGCUGAAGCGCAAGAAAAUGACGAACUAUUGGAUGUGGGGUGCUUAUGCUGCUGGUGCAGCUGUGGUGAUUCUGCUACUGGCGGUGGCUGGAUACCGAUAUCUUAGUUGAGGUAUUGUUCCAAAUAGGGCAGACUUGUCCUUGAGACGAUCAGACAGACAGACAGACUGUAAUGGUGAUGGGUUUCGGGUAACGGGAAACUGGUUUUGUAUUAAGGAGAGCCUAAGUUUUGUUUUAGCUUCGGAUGUUGUGGUUUGUUUUGGCAUAUACUAUAGAAAGGCCUGAACUUGAAAACUAAUAAUGUUUGGUGUCACAGAAUAGCCUCUUAAAAACACUUCACUUGGAAACUAUUAGUAUUAUGUUUCUUUUACUUGCA